AAAAGGAGUAGCUAGCUAGCUAGUCUAGUUAGAUGCCCUAGAAUCAAGCAGCUGAGAAGUUGGUGGUUGACAUGAGAAGUGCCUUGCCUCCCUCCUCCUCCCUUGCUUUGUUCGUUCGGCGUCUCUCUCUCCGCAUUUUCUGUGUCUGGUGAGGGGUAGUAGCGGUGGUGGUGGUGGCGUCCCUCUCCUCCUCCCUCCCACCUAUCAUUAUUCUAAUCAAGCGGCAAAGUGGAGAAGAGAAUUGGCCAGACCAAGCCAGGCAGGGUGCCGUCUUUCUUUCCCAUCUUUUCCCCUCUUCCCUCUCUCAUCGCGCAGCACAACACACACCACCACACCACACCAGUAGUAGAGCACCAUGCAUCCUCCUUAGCUUUCCUCCCCUUCCAUCCUCCUCUCCCCCUUUGCUUUCCUCGCGACUGUUCCAUCUCGUAGGUUUCGUCUCUUCGUCGGCCCCUUCCUUCCCACUUGAGACUUGAGAGAGAUUUGUUCCUAGAUAAGAUAGAGGCCAAAUAAAAAAGAUCUUGGAGGAAAAAGAAAGCAAGUGAGUGGAGUGAAAGAGAGAGAGGAAGAGCAAGAGGGAUAACCUAGCUAAUUGAUUGCUAGCUUGCAAGGAUGGAUCCGGUCACGGCAUCAAUACACGGUCACCAUCUUCCUCCACCGUUCAACACCCGCGACUUCCAUCACCAUCUCCAGCAGCAGCAGCACCAGCUGCAUCUCAAGACCGAGGAUGACCAAGGCGGCGGCACUCCGGGUGUCUUCGGCAGCCGCGGCACCAAGCGCGACCACGACGACGACGAGAACAGUGGCAACGGCCAUGGAAGCGGUGGUGACGGCGGUGACCUCGCGCUGGUACCCCCCUCGGGUGGCGGGCCGGACGGCGCCGGGAGCGAGAGCGCCACGCGCCGCCCGAGGGGACGCCCGGCGGGGUCCAAGAACAAGCCGAAGCCACCGAUCAUCAUCACCAGGGACAGCGCCAACACGCUCCGGACGCACGUCAUGGAGGUGGCCGGCGGCUGCGACAUCUCCGAGAGCAUCACCACGUUCGCGCGACGCCGGCAGCGCGGGGUUUGCGUGCUCAGCGGCGCCGGCACCGUCACUAACGUCACGCUGCGGCAGCCCGCAUCGCAGGGAGCGGUCGUUGCGCUCCACGGCCGGUUCGAGAUACUCUCCCUCUCCGGCUCCUUCCUCCCGCCGCCCGCCCCGCCGGAGGCCACGGGGCUCACCGUCUACCUGGCCGGAGGCCAGGGCCAGGUCGUGGGCGGCAGCGUCGUCGGCGCGCUGACCGCGGCUGGGCCUGUGGUGAUAAUGGCGGCGUCUUUUGCGAACGCGGUGUACGAGCGGCUGCCGUUGGAGGACGACGAGCUACUGGCGGCUCAAGGGCAAGCCGACAGCGCUGGGUUGCUCGCCGCGGGGCAGCAAGCGGCGCAGCUCGCCGGCGGGGCCGUCGAUCCAAGCCUCUUCCAAGGACUACCACCAAACCUACUCGGAAACGUGCAGCUGCCGCCGGAAGCCGCCUACGGAUGGAACCCUGGAGCCGGCGGUGGCCGCCCGGCGCCGUUCUGAGAUGGAUCGAUUCCGCGACAGCAACGCAGCAUAGAAAGGUUAAGUGCUUUAAUUAGCUUUCUCUUCACUUGGAGUUGGAGACUACUCUUUCUUGGAGGAUUUCCGUGGGAAUUAUGCAUGUGAUUUCAGGUGUUAUUAAUCGUUAUUAUGUCAGCGUCGGGGAUUAAUUGUUUCGUGAUAUGUAGCUCUCUCUCUCUCUCUCUCUGUCUCUGUCUUUUUUUCGGCUAUUUCUUGUGUCUUCCUCUUAACUGAUCUCGCUGUUGACUCGAGAAGCUUGUACUACCUUAUAUUGAUCUUUCUUUCAGCUCUGUAGCUUAAUUAUAUUCGUUUCGAGCUA